AUGGAAGAUCUGCCCUCUCCAAUAUCUGCCCUUCUCCAAUGGGAACAUACUAUACUCCCAUCAGCCAGUUUUCAGGAAUCAGUGACCUUCAAGGAUGUGGUGGUGGACUUUACCCAGGAAGAAUGGAAACAGCUGGAUCCUGUACAGAGAGAUUUAUUCAGGGAUGUGACAUUGGAAAAUUAUACACAUCUGGUCUCUAUAGGUCUCCAAGUUUCCAAACCUGAUGUGAUUUCCCAGUUAGAGCAAGGGACAGAGCCGUGGAGUGUGGAGCCAGGCAUUCCAGUGGGUGGCUGUGGAGACUGGGAAACAAGACCAGAAAAAAACUUAUCAGUCCCAGAGCCAUCUCCAGAAGCAGUAGUAGAAAAACACAAAAGUGAUCAGUCGUGGAGUUCUAAUUCCUCAGAAGCAUUGUUAUCUAAAGAAAAUCUAGAGAGGCAGCAGGCAAAUGAACAGACAUUGCCAAAGGAAAUAAAAAUAACUGAGAAUACAAUACCACAUUUGGAGAGAGACCAUGUAAAUCAUGAAAAAAACAUCAAUAUUAGUUCAAAUGUAGUACGACAACAGGACAUAUCUCCAAAAGAGACUGCUACUAAAACAAGCACCAAACAGAAUUUAAAACCAGUUAAAAAAGAGAAAUCUUGUAAGUGCAAUGAGUGUGGGAAAGCUUUUAGUUAUUGUUCGGCGCUUAUUCGCCAUCAGAGAACACAUACUGGAGAAAAACCUUACAAAUGCAAUGAAUGCGAGAAAGCCUUUAGCAGAAGCGAAAACCUUAUAAACCAUCAAAGAAUUCAUACUGGGGAUAAACCAUAUAAAUGUGAUCAAUGUGGAAAAGGCUUCAUUGAGGGUCCAUCUCUUACUCAACAUCAAAGAAUUCAUACGGGAGAAAAACCCUAUAAAUGUGAGGAAUGUGGGAAAGCUUUUAGUCAGAGGACCCAUCUUGUUCAGCAUCAUAGAAUUCAUACUGGUGAGAAGCCAUAUACUUGUAAUGAAUGUGGAAAAGCCUUUAGCCAGAGAGGCCACUUUAUGGAACAUCAGAAAAUUCAUACAGGAGAAAAACCAUUUAAAUGUCCUGAGUGUGAUAAGACCUUCACAAGGAGCACUCACCUUACUCAACAUCAAAAAAUCCAUACUGGAGAGAAAACCUAUAAGUGUAAUGAAUGUGGGAAGGCCUUCAAUGGGCCCUCAACAUUUAUCCGUCAUCAUAUGAUUCACACUGGUGAAAAACCAUAUGAAUGCAAUGAAUGUGGAAAAGCCUUCAGUCAGCACUCGAACCUCACUCAACAUCAGAAAACGCACACUGGGGAGAAACCUUAUGAUUGUGCUGAAUGUGGAAAGUCCUUUAGUUACUGGUCAUCCCUAGCUCAACAUCUGAAAAUUCAUACCGGAGAAAAACCUUACAAAUGCAAUGAAUGUGGGAAGGCCUUCAGUUACUGCUCAUCCCUUACACAGCACCGCCGAAUCCACACCAGAGAAAAACCCUUUGAAUGCAAUGAAUGUGGGAAGGCUUUCAGUUACCUCUCAAACCUUAAUCAGCAUCAGAAGACUCAUACCCAAGAGAAAGCUUAUGAGUGUAAGGAAUGUGGAAAAGCCUUUAUUCGAAGUUCAUCUCUUGCUAAGCACGAAAGAAUUCAUACUGGUGAGAAACCAUAUCAGUGUCAUGAAUGUGGGAAAACCUUUAGUUAUGGCUCAUCCCUUAUUCAGCAUAGGAAAAUACAUACUGGAGAAAGACCCUACAAGUGCAAUGAAUGUGGGAGAGCCUUCAACCAGAACAUACACCUUACACAACAUAAGAGAAUUCACACGGGAGCAAAACCUUAUGAGUGUGGUGAGUGUGGCAAAGCCUUUCGACAUUGUUCAUCUCUUGCUCAGCAUCAAAAAACUCACACAGAAGAAAAGCCCUACCAGUGUAAUAAAUGUGAAAAGGCAUUUAGCCAGAGCUCCCAUCUGACUCAGCAUGAAAGAAUCCACACUGGAGAGAAGCCAUUUAAGUGUAACGAAUGUGACAAAGCCUUCAGCCGGAGCACUCAUCUGACUGAGCAUCAGAACACUCACACUGGGGAGAAGCCAUUCAACUGUAACGAGUGCAGGAAGACUUUCAGCCAGAGCACUUACCUCAUUCAGCAUCAGAGAGUUCAUUCGGGAGAGAAACCUUUUGGAUGUAAUGAUUGUGGAAAAGCCUUCAGGUAUCGUUCUGCUCUCAACAAACAUCAGAAGCUACACCCUGGCAUAUGA